AUGUCGUGUUCUUUUUCUGCAGAUCAAACUGGUCCCAAUCCACCACAUAAAAUUCCUGAGCCAAGAACACCAACGGAACAGUUGCAUCCAGUGCCUUACGCCAGGGGAGACGGAAAUGCUCAACUGCCGUUUGAAGGGUGUACCGACGGACGGUCACGGAUCCAAUGUAGAGGUCCGAUGAAUGUGACAGCAUCUAAUCUCAAUGUUGGUGCACACAGUUCCCAUGGAAUACCGUUCACCCCUCAACCAGUUCUUCACAGCCGGGUUGUUCAACAGCAUCGCGAGUUGUUUCAAGCAAUAAACCGAGCGAAUCAGGAGAGAUUUCAGUGCACAUAUUGUGGCAGGAGUUAUCGUCACCAAACUUCUUUAGUGGGACACCAUCGUACUUGCAAGCAGCGACUGUCAGUUGACCCGACUGAUAGUGAUGAUGAAUUGCUUAGUUGUGGGGCUUGCGGCAUGGUUUUUUCGAAGGAGUCACAUUUCAGAAGGCACAUGCAAAAGCACGCACCAUUUGGAGCUCACAAGUGUCAAGUUUGUGGCAAAGCCUAUCGGUAUAAAUCCUCGUUGUCUGCACACAUAUCGAGGCACCACGCUGGGCUAUCAACCGCACGUGAGGCUGUGAAGCCUACCGGCCAUGGUGACGCAGCGAAGGAUGGCUCACGUUGA